AUGUUCGAUACACUCAUCAGUCACAUCACCUCUCACCUCAAACCGCGAUUCGCCUGGUCACCACGAGCUUUACAAGCUCAGAUCCCCAUCGCGAUGUCUCUGUCCCUUGCUCAAAACUGUGUCCCGAGCACCUUCGGCCCAGUCCUCUACGGAGCUGAGAUUUUGUCUCUUGAGGCGAACCUAGUCACCAACUACAGCGCCUCCGUCCCCGCAGCUUUCCGAUACACCUCCCCGGCCGUCCAACUGACGAACGCGACCUUUUGCAAUGUGACCAUCACGUAUACGCACCCGGGCCAGAACGACAACCUCGUCACCGAGGCAUGGCUUCCGGAAAACUGGAAUGAGAGGUUCAUGGCUGUGGGCGGAGGGGGCUGGGUCGCCGGCCGCUUCUUCUUGAGCUACAACGCAAUGAACGGAGCCAUUGCGGACGGUUUUGCGACCAUCACAACGGAUGCUGGCCUCGGAUCUGCGAAUGAGCCAAGUCCGUGGGCGUUGAACAGCCCUGGCAACGUCAACCUGUACAACUUGCAGAAUUUGGCAUCCGUUUCCCUCAAGGACGAGGCCAUUAUCGGCAAGUCUUUGAUCAAGAGCUACUACAGCCAGGACCCACAGUACUCCUACUGGGCCAGCUGUUCCCAGGGUGGACGACAAGGGCUCAUGCUUGCCCAACGCUACCCCGACAUCUACGACGGCAUAGUAGCAGGCGCCCCGGCAAUCAACUGGAACAAGCUGGUGAGCUUCGUCUACUGGCCCCACCAAGUAAUGAACGAGCUUGGCGCGUUCCCUUACCCUUGUGAGUUCGACGCCAUCGUGAACAAAGCAACCUCCGAAUGCGAUCCUCUAGAUGGAGUCACGGACGGAGUCAUCUCCGACAUCGCAGCCUGCUUCAAGUCCUUUGAUCCUUUCUCCCUCGUCGGCCAAUCGAUCACCUGCGCCCAGAAAAAUGGAACUCAGCAGAUUAUCUCAGAAGCCGCUGCGACGGUAGUGAAUGCUACGUGGCACGGCCAUGUCACCGCGGAUGGCCAGCGGCCGUACCACGGUAUCUUGCCUGGAGCCGACUUUACGGGCAACAAGCCGACGUCCUUCAGCCAGCCGGGCAUUGUGAUGACGAGCUGCAACGAGAAAGGCUGCACAGAUGAACCAUCUAACCUCGGUACCGCCUGGUUCAAGCUUUUCAUCGCCAAGAAUGAGACCUUUGACUUGACAAAUAUGAGCCGCGAGGAGUAUGAUGCGCUGGUGUACUCUGGUCGCCAGCAAUAUGAGUCGAUUGUCGAGACCGCCGACCCCGAUCUGAGACAGUUCAAGGCAGCCGGAGGCAAGAUGGUGACUUUCCACGGUUUGGCUGACAACAUCAUCCCGCCUGGUGGUACCGAAGACUACUACAAGGCAGUGAACGAGGUCAUCCCUGAUAUCCAGGACUUCUAUCGCUACUUCGAGGCUCCCGGCUUGGGCCACUGCUUCGGCGGUGUGAGCGGCUCCCCUACUGGCCUCUUCGAGCAGCUUCGCAACUGGGUUGAGAACGGCACCGCGCCUGACCAGACGCCUAUCCAGAUCUCUGUCGGCAAUGCGACGCACAACCGCAUCCUUUGCCCGUACCCCGAGAAGUCGAUCUUCAACGAUGGCUGCGGGGAUGCUUCCAAGGCCGAGUGCUGGUCUUGUUCCGAAAGCCCCAUCAAGUCCAACACCACCAAGAGGGCUGCACCAAUGUUCCACGGGCUCUAA